GUUUCUUUCAAGAUCAAUUGGGUCUCGUUGUGAAAAUCCACGUCGCAGCACUGUUCAAAUAUCUCUGGACUGAAUGUUCCGGACCUCGUUGCGGUCUGUUACAGGCCCUCUUCGCGAGCAUGUCUGCGUCUCCUGUUUAGCUCGAAGAUCCGGAGGCUGUGCCCGGUUACGCCAGUUCUAUAGCACUCCAUCGAUUCGCGUUAGCUCUGGUGGUGAUCCAGCUGGAGAUGUGCCUCUUCAGGACAAUAGUUCCUCGAAAUAUGCUUCGGCCUCAAAGAAGACCCACGGAAUUAAAAAGAAUCACAUUUCUGACAUCCGUCCGAAGCAAAAUUCCAAGAAGCCCUCUGCGAAAAAGUCGAGUUUGAAUGCCCAUGAUCAGGACGCUUCUCGACCGCAAAACAAUGCCGAAUCCGCUGCAGAAAAGGGCAAAGAUUCUGCUCAAAAUAAGAUUACUGCCGACCGAAAAUCUCGGAAGAAAAUCAGAAAAGUUAUCUCAAAGUCUCAAAAGGCAAAUGUGUCGGUCGAAAAGUAUUCAAAGAGGAGCGCAAAGGAGACCCCGGACAACAUACCCAACACGAAGGAGUCUCAAGAUGGAUCAACUGGACAAAUCCCGGGACAUGCUGAUAUGGCGUCUACGCAAUCAGUCUUCGAGAAGCUGAAAACUGCCAUAAACACAAAAGUCGAUCCCAAGGACUCUGAUGCUCCGGUACAUUUAUCAUCCUUAAUGAGCCACAUGGAAAAUAAAACGACAGGGUCGAUCAGUUUAGACAAGCUAAAACUCACCCCAUUGGAUAUCGAAACCCCAGAAGUUCCGCAGCUUUCUUUUGGUCUUGAAAGGGUUUUGUUCAGCCCAGGUGUCUACCAUCUUCGUGACCCUCGAUCUCGUGUUUUCAACUUUGACCCGUAUCUGGGCUCUAUCAUGCCCGUUACUGAAUUCGAUUUCGAUGCCCUGAAGGAGUACAUUACAUCGUCUCGAGAUGAAACACUCCGCAAUAUUGCUGUCAAAGAAAAGAAGAAGUAUGUGGGCUCGUCGUCAAGUAUGACAUCAGUUCUCUCGCAUUUCCACUAUCUCCUUUCUGCAUGGAGGGGAAUAGAUACGCGGAGUGUGUCCCAAGGAUUUCCGGAUAAGCUGCGCACCUUCACUCGCCUUUUACGAUCUCCCUCUGCAAUGUUUCUCCGGUAUCAAGACGGCGUUUACGCCAUCGAUGCAGAUAAGGAGUUUGACAGCGCCAAUAUUCUUAUGAAUCUUGGAAAGUCAAUGGAGAAGCUGUUGACAUUGCCAAAAGAGGAAUUUGAGCGCUACAGGAGGUCCAGUGACAACAAAAUAUCGGCAGAGGAAGAACAAGCGAUUCCCGAAGCCUACCAUUAUUCAACGCUCGGGGAUUUCGUCAUGAGAUCUCAGCUUGAUGCCUAUGAUCCGAGACUACCCGGUACAGGGAUGUUUGAUUUGAAGACACGAGCAGUCUUGCCUAUCCGUAUGGAUGCACGGAACUUCGAACAUGGCCUGGGUUAUGAAAUUAAAGACCGUUUCGGCGCUUACGAGUCUUACGAGCGUGAAUAUUUUGACAUGAUCCGGGCUGCCUUCUUGAAGUACUCUUUGCAGGUGCGAAUCGGCCGUAUGGAUGGGAUUUUCGUGGCCUUUCACAAUGUCGAGCGCAUUUUCGGCUUUCAGUAUGUCAGCUUGCCAGAAAUGGAUCUAGCCUUGCAUGGCCAAUCCGACACCGCACUGGGAGAUGCAGAAUUUGAGCUCAGUGUGACAAUGUGGAACAAGAUCCUUGAUAAAGCUACUGCCAGGUUUCCCGAAAGAUCCCUACGCUUUCAUUUUGAGACACGCGACUCCCAUACUCCGUUUAUGUACAUAUUUGCGGAACCCGUGACUGAGGAAGAGAUCCAUGCCAUUCAGAACAAGAACAAGGCCGAGGUCGAGGCCUACCAAAAUCGAAUUCUGAAUUUGAAGCCCAAAAAUGGCAGUGACGAUUCGUCCGAAGUCGAUGGUAACAAAGAGGCACCGAGUCCUGACAACAAUGACCAGUCGAGCCAGCCGGCUCUGGAAACGAGUGGCAAUCCCAAAGAGGAUUUGACAGCCUCUAAUGAAGUUUACGAUUCUUCAGCGCCCCCGGAUGAAGCUUUCCUGUCAGAAAUUGAAGCAGAAGAACAAUCCCAAUCCGAAGAUAAGCGAGAGCUUCUUGCGAUGACCCUCAUUGUGCGAAACAAAGUCAACGACCAACUUGUUGACCGACCUGCCAAUUUGAGCUCAUCUGACAACUGGACUGUUGACUACGAGCUGAGCGAAAUACAGGACAAGAAAGCAAGAUCACUGUAUGCGUCAUGCCAGAAGCGCCGCCAGAAAGCCCUUGCAGGUAGAGGGGAGGACGAUGCCGACGCCGCAGCCAAUGUUUAUAUUCGAACACUUCGAGCAAUCAGUCAGAAAGGCCGACUGUUUCGCCAGGAAGAAGAUAGGAUUGACAAGGAGAAAGGCAUUGUUGUGUUGAACAAUCCCAUCAACUGAAAGUCCUUUUAGCUAUGCGCACACUCGCCUUUUUUCCAAAGUCAUCGAAUAACCGAACCCCUUCUCUUGUAUACUACUCUAUCGAGCACGCGUCCGACGUUGUUUAUUCUGUUGUUUUAUCUGGACUGCCGUUUAUUCUGGGAUGGAGCGUUUUGCAUUUUGGGUGUUUGGUCAUCAUUCAUCAUCUCCCGGGCGUUGUUUCGAAAUCUCCAACUUGAUGAAAUUUUUGAAUACUGGGUGGCUUUUCGCAAUGGUUUGAAAGUAUAUAUGUCUAGACAUCGUUUCCAAGGACAUGUCAUCCUCCAGGUGGUGUUUUCAGCUAUAUGAAGCCUGAUGGUUGGGCCCAGAUAUAUGAUAUAGGUAUGUAGAUGUAUUGUACAAUAAUAGAUUUUAAAUCUUUACUUGAAUAUAGUUCUUAAUA